CCGAGCGAGCCCCCGGCCCCGCAGUCUCCGGCCCCGCAGCCCCGAGCGGGCCCCGCAGCCUCCAGCCCCGCAGCCCCGAGCGAGCCCCCGGCCCCGCAGCCUCCGGCCCCGCAGCCCCGAGCGAGCCCCCGGCCCCGCAGCCUCCGGCCCGAGCGAGCCCCGGCCCCGCAGCCCCGAACGAGCCCCGCAGCCUCCGGCCCCGGCCAUGGCGGCGCCCCGCAGCGACAGCGAGAAGAGGAAGCAGAUCAGCGUGCGGGGCAUCGCGGGGCUGGGCGACGUGGCCGAGGUGCGGAAAAGCUUCAACCGGCAUCUGCACUUCACGCUGGUCAAGGACCGCAACGUGGCCACCCCCCGCGACUACUUCUUCGCCCUGGCGCACGCGGUGCGGGACCAGCUGGUGGGGCGCUGGAUCCGCACCCAGCAACGCUACUACGAGCGCGACCCCAAGCGUAUUUAUUACCUGUCUCUGGAAUUCUACAUGGGCCGCACCCUGCAGAAUACAAUGGUGAACCUGGGUAUGCAGAAUGUCUGUGAUGAAGCCAUUUACCAGCUGGGUCUGGACUUGGAGGAGCUGGAAGAGAUUGAAGAAGAUGCUGGCCUGGGUAAUGGAGGGCUGGGUCGCCUGGCAGCUUGCUUCCUCGACUCCAUGGCGACGCUGGGGCUGGCAGCCUAUGGCUACGGGAUCCGAUAUGAAUUUGGCAUAUUUAAUCAGAAGAUUGUCGAUGGCUGGCAGGUGGAGGAAGCUGAUGAUUGGCUGCGCUAUGGCAACCCCUGGGAAAAAGCCCGCCCUGAGUAUAUGCUUCCUGUGCAUUUCUAUGGCCGAGUGGAGCACGCUGCGGAGGGCGUGAAGUGGAUUGAUACUCAGGUAGUUCUUGCCAUGCCUUAUGAUACCCCCGUGCCAGGAUACAAGAACAACACCGUGAACACAAUGCGGCUGUGGUCUGCCAAAGCACCCAAUGACUUCAACCUUCAGGAGUUCAAUGUGGGCGAUUAUAUCGAGGCUGUGUUGGAUAGAAACCUGGCAGAAAACAUCUCCCGAGUCCUGUAUCCGAAUGACAAUUUCUUUGAAGGGAAGGAGCUGCGGCUGAAGCAGGAAUACUUCGUGGUAGCUGCCACCCUGCAGGACAUCAUUCGCCGUUUCAAGUCUUCCAACUUCGGCUCCCGAGACCCAGUCAGGACGUGCUUUGAGACCUUCCCAGACAAGGUCGCCAUUCAGCUGAACGACACUCACCCAGCACUUUCCAUCCCGGAGCUCAUGCGGAUCCUAGUGGACGUGGAGAAAAUGGAGUGGGAGAAGGCCUGGGAGGUCACAAAGCGAACCUGCGCCUACACCAACCACACCGUGCUGCCUGAGGCCCUGGAGCGCUGGCCGGUCUCCAUGUUCGAGAAGCUGCUGCCGCGCCACCUGGAGAUCAUUUAUACCAUCAACCAAAGGCAUCUGGAUCAUGUGGCCGCCAUCUACCCUGGAGACCUAGACCGUCUGCGUAGGAUGUCCGUGAUCGAGGAAGGGGACUGCAAGAGGAUUAACAUGGCCCACCUCUGCGUGAUCGGCUCCCACGCCGUCAAUGGGGUGGCCAGGAUUCACUCCGAAAUCGUGAAGAAUUCCGUAUUCAAAGAUUUCUAUGAGAUGGAACCAGAGAAGUUCCAGAACAAGACGAAUGGCAUCACUCCGAGGCGUUGGCUCCUGCUGUGCAACCCAGGACUAGCAAGUGUAAUUGCUGAGAAAAUCGGAGAAGAUUUUGUAACCGAUCUGAGCCAGCUGAAGAAGUUACUGGAUUUUGUCACUGACGAGGUGUUUAUCAGGGAUGUGGCCAAAGUCAAACAGGAGAACAAGCUCAAGUUCUCUGCCUACUUGGAGGAGAAGUACAAGGUGAAAAUCAACCCGUCCUCCAUGUUUGACGUGCACGUGAAGAGGAUUCACGAGUACAAGAGGCAGCUCCUCAACUGCCUGCACAUCAUCACCCUCUACAACCGCAUGAGAAAAGACCCAUCAAAGUCCUUCGUGCCAAGGACUGUCAUGAUUGGAGGAAAGGCAGCUCCCGGCUACCACAUGGCCAAAAUGAUUAUCAAACUGAUCACGUCCAUCGGGGACAUCGUCAAUAACGAUCCCUAUAUAGGAGAUCGACUGAAAGUCAUCUUCUUGGAGAACUACAGGGUGUCCUUUGCUGAGAAAGUGAUUCCCGCGGCCGAUCUGUCCCAGCAGAUCUCCACGGCUGGCACCGAGGCCUCAGGCACGGGGAACAUGAAGUUCAUGCUGAACGGGGCCCUCACCAUCGGGACCAUGGACGGGGCCAACGUGGAGAUGGCGGAGGAAGCCGGCGAGGAGAAUCUGUUCAUCUUCGGCAUGCGGGUGGAGGACGUGGAGGCAUUAGACAAGCGAGGGUACAAUGCUAGGGAAUACUACGAGCGCAUUCCGGAGCUGAGACAAGCCAUCGACCAGCUCAGCAGCGGCUUCUUCUCGCCUAGAGACCCUGGCUGCUUCCGGGAUGUCGUCAAUAUGUUGAUGAACCACGACAGAUUUAAAGUGUUUGCCGACUACCAGGCCUACAUGGAGUGUCAAGGCCACGUUGACCAACUGUACAGGAAGCCAAGAGAGUGGACUAAGAAGGUCAUCAAGAACAUCGCUUCCUCAGGGAAGUUUUCCAGCGACAGGACGAUCACCGAGUAUGCCAGAGAAAUCUGGGGUGUGGAGCCAUCAGCUGUGAAGAUCCCCCCACCUAACAUCCCCAGGGAUUAAGCUUGGCACUAAAUGUGUGUCUGGUUGAUCCAGGCUUAAGGUGCUUCUGGUUUCCAGCUAUGUUUGCACAGAUGAACUUAACACCAGUUGAGGGUCUGGAAUCUAUAAAAUAGGGCAUUUGCCAGGGAGAAGAGGCGGGUGCUUUUAAUAAGAGCAGAGAGGAGAGAUGUUGGCCAAAGCCUUGUGUGUGAAAACAGGUAAAACAAAAGGAGCAGCAGGAAACCUGGUUAGAACUAAGGCCAUUCUGUCUGUUACUCAGUUAACCAACUUGCAUGUCCUGUACCGUGUUGAGUGAGCUAAUGGCUGCCUAGGCUUCCUGAAGAUACAUCCCAUGCUAGGCCAAGCACUUAGUGAAAUUCUUGUUUUCCCCUUCCGUAGAAAGGCUGCUCUAAUCUCUAUAGAGGGGGUGAUCACUGAACACCCUGCUCAGAUGAUCUGCCAGCAUGGUCUGAACCUGCCCACGCCUCCUACCCCACCAGUCGUUGCUAGGAGCCUCACCUGGGUUCUUACACCUUCUAGCCACAGUCAGCGCUGGGACACUGGUUAGGUGAAGCAGGAGUGGAACCAACACAGGUCAUUUUCCCUAUUUAAAGGUAAAUGACCCCACUCUAGCCAAGUGUCUGGUUUUGCUGCAUGGGGUGAAAGAGGAUUAAACUCCACUAGCCAGCAGGCCCAUUUUAAUGAUCAAGAAAUGAGAUUUAUUUAUUUUUAAACUGCCCCGUAGGAAACUUGCAGAAGGAGCUGACAGGCUCUGUGUGCGCACAGCAGGGGGCUUUUGGAGCACACCUGAGCCCUAACCUCAUGGUUGUUUCUGCAUCUAGCAGCCCCAGGUGGGGUGUGUUUUUCAUGCUGAAAGGAGGCAGCUACUGGACUUCAGCCAAGAUUGAAACCACCUGCUUUCCUUACCAAAGACUGCACCUCAUUUGAAUUAAAAAGCAGCUUGCAGACAGCAAUUAAAUAUGGAGGUGCCCCCUGGAGCUGUUAUAGAUCCUGGUCUAAGGCACUAUCUUGCUCCAAGUGGUGUCUGUAGAGCUGCUAUGAAGGCAUGUGAGAUUGUAUUAGCUUUCAUCAAGCAGUUUGUGGCUGGGCCUGGAUUGCGCUCCUGUUUCCACUUUGUAACGCCUACAAGGCCCAUGCUGGCCGAAGGGCUUACUGGUCUCUGAAGAAAUACUUGCAAGCACCAGCCUGUAAACGCUGUGCUUGUGAGAUAGCAUGGCGGGGCUGGAUGGCUUCUGAGGCAUGUGGCCACAGGCACAGGGCGAAGAGGAACCCAUCAGCUUAGCACUUCCCCUGGCUUCCCAAGCCCUGCCUGAACCCAAGAUCCAUUUUUGUUGUUGGUGCAGUUGUUGGCCCCGCAGUAAGGGACAAAGACACUGUCACUUUCCCUCUGGCCAAGGGCCCUGCAGUUACUGUGCUGGCCAAGGGCCCUCGCUGGCCACGCUGACCUGUUCCUGCACAGAACUGCUGCAUCCCCUUUUCUACCCCACCCAAGCCCAACUGUCUGUGUGACCUAUGCCCAGAACAAGCCAUCGCCCACCCUGGGGCAUUGGCUACCAACCAGACCACCUCCAUCAAGGAAAGAGGCCCAAAGCUGGGACCAUCAGCUAGCAGGCAAGUCACUUCCCCCAAAGCCCUUCAGUCUGCUCAGAGCUAUAAGGCAGGGUCAGGACAGCCUGGCAGGCAGCAACCCCCUGCUACAGGGACCAUGACAGCCCCAGUGCUCUUAGUAGCUGCCCCUGUUGUCCAAUAGGGGAAAAGGCCUGGAACAGUAUGGAUGGGCUCUACAGCAAGGGGCCUCCACAGCCCAGGGAAGGACCCGAGUAUUAGGCUCCAUGUAUGUUAUCAGCCGCAGCUGGACUCCAUCACAGCCCAUGCGUUGCUGGAAUUUGAAGCUCCUAUUGCUGGAAGAGCCAGGUUCCUGCAUGGUCUCCCUUGGCCCAGCUCACCCAGAGCAAGCCCGAUCUGAUACGAUAACUGCAUUGUCCUCGCCAAGCCUCCCCCCAUGCAUUUCCUUAGUCCUACGAGUGGAGCCAGGAAAAGCACAGUCAGUAGGAACCUCAGUACAGGUGAGGCUCUGGGCCCAGGAGCUGACUGCCAAAUACAGAAUUGCUGGGAAAGCUCAUCUGCAAUAGCACACCUGAAAUUAAGUCACUGUGUCCAGGCUGGCGUGCCUUUGCUGUGACCAUUGAUGUGUUACGUCUCUAUGCCCAUGAGCAGAGAAAAGGACUAAGCCCGUCACUUCCCAGCGAGGAAGGGGAUACACUUUUGGUGUGCAUUGAAAUCAAGUACAGUCCCUUCUUUAAAUGAUCAAAAAGACCAACCCCUAAGUCCACUUAACAAUUUUUCACUGUAGUGUUGUUGCAGCCAUGUUAGACCGAGAAUCGUGGAGAGACAAGAUGGGUGAAAAAGGGCUUUUAAUGGCUCAUGAGCUGGAGAAGACCUGAAGAGCUCAGUGUAGCAUUAUCUCACUCACCUUGUGGCUCUAGGAUUUUUAAAUGCUGUCAAAUUUCUUGAGUAUACAACGCUACGUCUGCUAAAGAAUGUACCGUACUUCAUCUGCAUGCAGCUGCUGAUCUACUUCCAUUGUGUUUUGUGUUGAUCUGUACUAGGCGGAGUACUUGCUGGAUUGUCAAUGCAUUACUCACAUUUCAUAGUCUGUGUUCCACAAACUGGGAUAUUUGAACUGCAGAUCAGCUCGUACUGAGCAGGAACGUGGAAGGUUUUGAAAUUAGAGCAUCCCAGUUGCUUCCGUAUCAGCCUCUAAUGGGACAUGCAAAUAGAUUUAGUGUAUUGUUUCAACAUGCUGGCAUGAAGUAUGGAUAUUAAUCUGUGUAGUGAAUCUGUGUUCCUCACUUGUGCAUUGGAAACUGAUUAAAACAAUCAAAAUGC